UGUACACGCUCUUGAGAACUAACGAAGCAGGGCAGUAGUGAAGCUACUGAAAUUGGGUCGAUUUGAGUUUCUUGUAUUAUGAUUUAGGCUUCCAGAGCUUCCUGGGAUGAUGAGAUGAGCACAUCAAGGUUCAUCAAGUGUGUUACGGUUGGAGAUGGUGCUGUUGGGAAGACUUGUCUUCUAAUCUCUUACACUAGCAACACCUUCCCAACUGAUUAUGUGCCAACUGUUUUUGAUAAUUUCAGUGCAAAUGUAACGGUUGAUGGUCAAUCUGUGAAUUUGGGUCUCUGGGAUACUGCAGGGCAAGAAGACUACAACAGAUUGAGGCCUCUCAGCUAUAGAGGAGCCGAUGUUUUCAUCCUUGCUUUUUCUCUCAUCAGCAGGCCUAGCUUUGAGAACAUAAUCAAAAAAUGGGUCCCAGAGCUGAGACAUUAUGCCCCAUCAGUGCCCAUUGUGCUUGUGGGCACCAAACUAGAUUUGAGAGAAGAUAAGCAAUUCUACAUCGACCAUCCUGGAGCAUCUACUAUUUCAACCGCACAGGGUGAAGAGCUGAAGAAGCAAAUAGGGGCGUUGGCAUAUGUGGAGUGCAGCUCCAAGACACAGCAGGUUACAUUUAUUUCUCAGGGAAAUGAAGGUACCCAUUAGAAUGUGAAGGCUGUCUUUGAUGCUGCAAUCAAGGUUGUUCUCCAGCCGCCAAAGGCCAAGAAACACAGGAGAAAUCAGAGGAUCUGCAACAUUCUUUAGAGAAAUGUGUUGAUAUCUGAUUUGAAUGUUUGAAUUUUGAUGAUUUUCUGCAACUCACACAUUGUUCUUCCCUCAUUGUUAAUUUCUUAUUGUGUGUAUUUACUGUGCUGUUUGGCUUGGUGGAAUGAAAUGGUCCCCUUUAUGCUGAUGCGUUUGCUUGCUAUACAUGUGUCUGUCACGAUUGAUCCAUCCUUCAAUGACAUUGCUGAAGCCUGUUUGUGCCCUAGAUGCAAUGGAAAAGAAGGAAAGUACCCCUCCUUCCCUCCUC